CUCAGCUAAUGCUAAGAAGUGGGAGAUUGAAUUACAGACUCUCAAAAACAAUAACGUACGUUUGGCGGGUGCACUGCAGGAAAGUACAACUAAUGUAGAAGAAUGGAAAAAACAGUUGCAGACACUGAAAGACGAAAAUGCUAAAAUGAAAUCUCGGAUACUUCACUUAGAAGCUGCAGGUGGAAACACACAAGCUUUAGCUGAGUUAACUCAGGAGGUUUUCAGUCUUCGAGCUAAAGGGGACACAUUAGCAACAGAGGUGAAAAAAAAAGAUAAGGAACUGGAAUAUUUAAGGAAGAAAUUAGAUGAGUCUCCAGCAUCAAACAUAAAGGCAGAAGACAAACUUAAGGUGUUGCUUGUUGAAAAUGAAGGACUCAAGACAAGAAUUGUAAAACUACAAGAACAAAUUGAUACUACUAAAGCCACAAAUUGCUCCAAAAGAGGAACACUUGAACAGCUGAGCCAGCAUCUUGCCCAGAAACUCCAAGAAUUCCAAGAUAUUCAACAGGAAUUGGCUAGUUUCUGUACUCCUGAUAUAUUAUCUUCAGGAUUUUAGUCCAGAAAUGUUUAACCUUUAUAGUAUGAUCCAAUUUACUUUUGGUAUUCCAUUCUUUUUCUGAACACUGCAGUGUAAUCUCUGUUUGGUAAUGGAAAUUAAAUGUAAAAUUUUAUAUAUGUUGUAAGAGAAUAAGACAAACAAAGUUUAGGGAGAGUAUUCCUCUCUCUACCAAAUUGCUAUUCAUUGUGAAUUUUAUAGGUUAAAUUGUAUUUGAAACAGUUAAUGAUAAAUUGAACGAUAAAAUGUUUAUUUUAUUUUAAUAUAUAUGCAUAACUUAUAAAUUAUGAAAUGCCAUCAAAAUGUAAUCUUCAGUAGGUAGAUGGUAAUUUAAGUAUGGUUUAACAUAGGAUGAUAAUCAUUGUAAUUAAAUUAAGCAUUGUGUAUAUCAAGUGGAACGACUUGAGUGAUUAGAUCAUUGUUUGAGGUUAGCUGUUUUUUCUAAAUUUAGCAUACUGUUAUGAGAAAAGAAAUUUGUGAUUUUGCCUGAAAAAGUUUUUAUAUGAAAAUAAUAAUAUAAUUUUUUUACUGCCUGUGACUGAUUCAUUCAUCUCUAGCUCCAACAAAUGAUGAGGAUGUAACAUUAUGAUAUUUAACUGAAUUUUAAGUCUGUGAAUUCCUGCUAUUCUGGGAUAUUAUUUAAAUAUUUUUUCAUUAUAAACAAAGUUGUUGGUAUACUCUAACAGAGAAAAUAAUUUUUAUUGAAAAAUCUCAAUGUUAGGUGAAAACUAUAUCAAUAGUUGCAAUGAAAUGAAAAAAUAAGCAACCAUUCAAUAUUUUAUGAAGUAAUAUUACAUAAAAACCCUUAACACUAAUUAUGGUGAUCAUAUAGAUGAUCACAUAAAGCCUCAAAUUUUGAUUUUAUUGCACACGUAGAUUCUAACCACUAUCCAUAUAAAUGAUAUGAUCUUUGAUUGUACUAGCCAUAUAAAUUACAUGAUCUUGAUUGUACUGUUCACAUAAUUGACAUGAUCUUGGAUUGUACUACCCACAUAAAUUAAAUUAUCUUCAUUGUACUGCUCACAUAAAUGACCUGACUUUGAGUGUACUUCUCAUAUUUAAGGACCUUAUAAUGAUUUCCCUGCAAAUUCUUACUCUGAUUGUGUUGCUCGUGGAGCAGUUUAAGUUUACAGAUAAUCAGCACAACAUAGACAUAUUUUAACACUGUUUGUAAACAAGUAACUAGAAAAAAAAGUUUUCUUUUAAUGAUCUAUAAAAAAGAGAGUCAAUACAAAAACGCCAUUGGUUUGUUAACCCUUAAAUAGAAGAAUGUUUCCUUUCAGUGAUGUCUGUAAAAAUAGAAUGUCAACAGAAAAAGGCUGUUGUUUGUCUUUAUGUCAGUAAAAAUAAAAUUUUAAGGUCAAAAACCCUACUCAUGCUAACCCUGACAGACUUGAUUACAUGUUAGAACACAGCUGUUUCAGUCAGAGGAAUGGAUCUGUUUUUCACUGAAGCUUUAGAGGUGCAUACAAUAUUGAUGAACUAUAAUGUGAAUAAUGUUUCACCUACUUAAUAUCUUUAAAAAAAUUAAAAGAAUAAUGCCAUCAGUGGAUUAAAGGUAAUAAUAUCAAACUUUAAAUUUAUUUUAUCUUUUAAUUAUCUUAAUAUCCAAUCAGUAAGUGAAUGAAAUGGG